UGGAGAGCCACAACCUUUAUGAAACCUUCUGGGUCUCGUAGGAUGACCUGCCAGAUUCAAGGUUGGACAUUUCCUCUAAGAUGAGCAAGCUCAUGUCCUCACAAUCAACCAACCUCUGCUGCUCUACUGGCACAACCAGCAAGAACUUCUUUUGUAAAAGGAAAGGAAGCUCCAUUGUAUAUCUGGACCAUGACGACCACCAAGGUCACAAUAAGAAUACCAGGAAGACUCACAGUCAGAUAGCGAAGAGAUGCAGGGAUAAGAUGAACAGCUUCAUAGAUGAGCUAUCAUCAUUAGUGCCUAUGUGCAAAACUAAAUCACACAAACUGGACAAACUCUCAGUCUUGCGUAUGGCAGUCCAACACAUGAAGAAGUUACAAGGUUCUGCCGCCAACUGUUACCCAGAAGUUAAUUACAAACCUGCUUUCAUAUCUGAUGAGGAGCUAAAACACCUGAUACUGAGGGCAGCUGAUGGCUUUCUGUUUGUGGCUGACUGCGUUCACGGGAAAAUACUGUUUGUUUCUGAAUCAGUACAUAAGAUCCUAAACUACAGCCAGAAGGACCUGAUUGGCCAGAACCUAUUUGAGUACCUGCAUCCUAAAGACAUUGGCAAAGUCAAGGAGCAGCUGUCCUCAGCAGAUAUUGUCCCACAAAAGAGACUCAUCGAUGCUAAAAGUGGUCUUUUAGUGAAGACAGACAUCAAAAAAGGUUCUUUAAGACUUUGUUCGGGGGAGAGACGAUCAUUUUUCUGCAGGAUGAAGUGCAACCGAAAUGUGGAAGAUGACGAUUUCUCCUCCAGCUGCUCAAAAAAAAAUGUCUCCCGUAAGGGCUUCUGCACCAUUCACAGCACCGGUUACUUAAAAACCUGGUCCCCAGCUGAGAUGGAUCUGGAUGAAAAUAAUGAGCCGGACAAUGAUGGAUGUAACCUAAGCUGUCUGGUGGCUGUUGGUCGGUUGCAUUGCCACACCGUUUCUCAGCCAGUGCAAAAUCACAUCAAGGUCAAGCCCCUGGAGUUUGUUUCAUAUCAUGCUAUUGAUGGGAAGUUUGUCUUUGUAGACCAAAGGGCCACUGCCAUUUUGGCUUACGUACCUCAAGAGCUGCUGGGAACAUCAUUUUAUGAAUACUGUCAUGAAGAUGACAUUGCUGAUUUAGCAGAAUGUCACAGGCAAGUGCUGCAGAUGAAAGAGAAGAUCAAUACAAACUGCUACAAGUUAAAAACAAAAGAUGGCUUAUUCAUCACACUUCGAAGCCGCUGGUUCAGUUUUAUGAACCCUUGGACCAAAGAGGUGGAAUACAUCGUCUCUACCAAUACUGUAGUCACCAGCCCUUCAGGUGGCAGACCUGACAGCAGUUAUCAUCAGCCUGCUGCUCCCCCACACACAAUGACCACUGUACUAACACCAGGUGAAGGGAAGCUGGACAUCCAAACAGUUCCUGGACUUCCUGGUGGUGCAGGUUCAGGGCAGGAGCUGGAAGGAAUUACUGGCGAUCCAGAGAUACAAAAAACCUGAUGGUGGGAAAUGUUGGGAGGAUGGGCAGGGAGAAGGAGAGAGACAACCAAGCACAAGAGUUUUCAACAACACAGAAGGUGGCAAAAAAAGUUUUUGAAGCACUGGAGGCUGUAG